AUGUCCGCCAAGAGAGCAGUCCAAUCCAUCCUGUCUAAACCAUCACAGCCCCCAUCUUGGACGGCCUCAAAACGCAUCACGGAAUUUAUAGCGCACGUUGCCCCUGUAACAUGUCCCUCACAGGCCAGUUCGUAUGUCGAGUCUCUGCUCGAGUCGGACAAACGUAUACGCAAUGCAACGCACAACAUUACGGCGUGGCGUGUAAGAGCUGAAGGCAUUGAGCAUCAGCAGUUUAAUGACGAUGGUGAGUCGGGAGCCGGAUCCCGGUUGCUGCAGCUGAUGCAGUCAAUGGAACUAUGGGAUUCGAUGGUAGUGGUCACACGCUGGUACGGCGGUGCUCCCCUGGGGUCCAAAAGGUUCAGAUUAAUCACUGCCGUGGCUAGUGAUGCCUUUGCAAGGGCCGGUAUGAUCGGGGAUAAGAAGGAGGAAAAGGCUAAAGGGAAGAAAAAGAAGUAA